AUGCAAAAUUAAGCCUAGUAGUAAUCGAAUUAGAAUAAGCCGAAAUAAGAAUAGUUAAAGAAAUUCACAUUCUUUGAUGAAAAAGAAUUUGAAGAUAAAAACAAGCCUAUUCUUUAACCUUUGAUAUAGGAAGAUGAAAUUUCUAAAAUAGAAUAUAUUAAUCAAAAACUUUAUUUAGCUUCAAAAAAAAGUAAAUAAGUGAUUAUAUAUGAAGAUGGAAAUCAGCCUGAUACAUUUGUUCCAUUUUAAGGAUAACUUUUUUCAAUUUAUAGUGCCAAGAAUUAUUUGAUAGCUCAUGGUUUAGAUUCAGAAUAAAAUGCCUAGUCACAAUUAAAGUUUUAUGAUACUAAUAUUAAGGACAAAGCUUUGAUGAAAACCCCAAAAUAUACAAUGCUUGCAAGUAAGGAUGCAUUAAUGAAAGAUUGCAAUGCCUUUUGCAUUACUGAAGAUAUGCAAGGUAUUGCUCUAGGUUUUAAUGAUGGCAGCGUUAUCAUUUAUUAAUCAAAAUAAGAUAAGGGAAAUUUUGCAUACAAAGACUUAACUUUGAAACCUCAUAAUUCACCAAUUAGAUAAUUAUUCUUUUCUCGUUUAGAUGGAAACUUAAACUUAUUCAUAACUACUGAUGAUGCCAUAUAAUGUUGGUAAAAAUGCAAUAAAAAGGUAGCUCUCAGUGUAUCAGGAGGAAGCUUAUUUGAUAUAACUAGCAAAGGCACUUUGAUUGGUUGCACUAAAGCAAACCCUUCUGUUGUUAUAGAAUUUGACAUAAACAAGCACUUAAAUUAGAAUGAUAUCAGACUUGAAGAUGAAAAAUAUGAAAAAUAACUCAUAAAAUCCCAUUCUACAAAUUAUUUGAUCAUUCUCUCAAAAUAAGGUGAAGAUUCCUAAAUAAUUAUUUUGGAUACUCUUAACUAAUAUAUUGCACAUAAAGUAGCUUACAAAUCAGUCCAAGUUAUUUCCUCAUCUAAAGAAUAUAUACAUUUAAUUUAAGGUAUCAACAGAUAAAAGAAACUCAUUAGAUUGAAAGAAAAAGAAAAUGCUUACAAGAUCGAAUAUUUCUUUAAAAGAUCCUAAUUUGAUGUUGCAUACAAAUUUGCUAAAAAUCAAGAUUCAGAUCCUGCCCUCUUAGCAGAAAUCUCAAGAUUGCAUGGUGACAAUUUAUACACUAAGAGUGAUUAUAAUGAAGCAAUUAAGAAAUAUAUUUAAACUAUCGGUCAUAUCGAGCCCUCAUAUAUUAUUAGAAAAUUCCUUGAUGUUGCUCACAUAGAAUAUUUAAUUUAAUAUUUACAAGAAGUGCAUGAUAAAUAAAAAGCAGACAAGCACCACACUGCCUUAUUGUUAAACUGUUUUGUAAAGUAAAAGAAAAUUGAUGAGCUGGACAAAUUUUUAACAAACAAAAAAGACUCUAAAUAAUAUGAUGUUGAGUUAUUUGAUAUUGAAACUGCAAUUAAGGUUUGCAGAGAAGCUAAAAAAAAUGACCUUGCUCUACGUUUAGCUGAGUAAAAGGACUAGUAUGAAUAAUACAUAGAAAUUCUUUUAGAAAUGGAACAAGAAGGAUAAUCUCAAUAGACUGAAAAGGCUAUCAAUUAUAUUAGAACCAAGGUAGAGUUAAACAAAAAGGAAAUGUUUAUCAUUGAAUUUGGUUAAGUGCUUAUGAAAAAUUGUUCUGAAAAGUGUUUGGAAUUAAUUCAAAAAAUAGUUAUGCUUCGUAGUCUUAGAAAAGGUUAUGAUAAAUAAUAAUAAAAUGCAUCAUCUAACUAAAAGAUCAAUAUUUCUAUUGAGUAAAAAGCCGCUCUAGAUUAUUUUGGUUUGAAGGAAAGUCACAUUCCUUAAAUCUACAAUGAUUUGUUAAAUGAACCAGAUAAAUAUUUCCAUAUUUUUGUAAACGGUAAAGAUGAGUACUUGGAAAGGUAUUUGAAGUUUUUAACAGAUUACAUUGAUUUCUUUGAUAAUCAGAAAGCCCUUUUGCAUAGACUUUUUGAAUUCUAUCUUGAAAAGUACCAUUUGGAAAGCAAGAAAUAAAGCUUAGAAUUAAGCAAAAAUUCGAAAGGUCUAACUGUUAAACAAGAAAAGGAAUAAUACAUUAAAGAUUUGCUCAAAAACUCUCAAUUUGCCUAAAAGUAUGAUAAAAAUCACUUGUUAGUUCUCUUUAAAAUGUAUAAUUUCGAACCUGGUAUCAUCCAUCUCUACAAUGAAAUGAGAUUAAAAGAAGAACUCCUUAACUUUUAUAUUAUGACAAAUCAAGGAGAUAAAAUUAUUGAAACUUGCAAGGAUAAUAAAGAGGAAACAAAUCUAUGGGUUUAAGCUUUAAAAUACUUCACUCACCCUGAUAGAUUUACUAAAGAUUAAAAAGAACAAACAGAACAAAAGCUUUAAAAGAUUCUAUAAAAUAUCUAAAACUUAAACACUCUGUCUCCCUUAUUGGUCUUGAAUAUCCUAGCUAAAAAUAAAAAUGUUGAAUUUAAAAUUGUAAAGGAUUUCUUUAUUUAAAAGCUUCAAGAAGAUAGAAACUAAAUAGAAAAAGACAAGUAGGUUGUUGAAGAAAAAACCAAAGAAGCUAAUCAAGACAGAGAAGAGUACAUGAAACUUAAGACUUAAGCAAAAAUUUUCAGUCAAAAGUAAUGCUAAGAAUGUACAAAUGACUUAUCAGGUACUCGUGUUCAUUUCAUGUGUGGCCACAGCUAUCAUGAUUAAUGUUUACAUGGUGAUUCUGCACAAAAAGAAUGUGAAAAAUGUGCUGAUAAUUUCAAGCCUAUCCUAAAUAGAAAAGAAGGAUUUGACGAAAAGGCUAGUGAUUCAACUUAAUUCCUAGAAAAUAUAAGCAGAAAAGAAAAUAAAUUCGAUACAAUAGCAUCAUAUUUAGGAAAAGGGCUCUUUAGUCAAUCAAUAUUAAAUGGCAAAAAUAACUCUGCUUCAAAUAAUUUUUGA